AUGCACCGAUCUGGGCUCACUCGAGCGAGUGGCGGGCGGGAGAGCAGGUAUUUCGCCCCGGGCCUCUACCUCAGGCGAGGCGCGCAGCUGGACCCGGCCCACCGGGUCGACAACCUCCUGAAGGCGUACGUCUACAUCAUCGCGUGGAAUGCGCCCCAGUUUGCCGGGUUCGCUCUCGAGAGCCGCUACGUGACGGACUACAUGAACGCGAUGCACCCCAACAUCCACGCCAUCCGCCACCCCAACUUCACGCCCAUCACCUGGUCCCACCAUCAGAAGUUCGUGGUGGUCGACGAGGAGGUGGCCUUCGUGGGUGGGGUGGACCUGUGCUACAACCGCUACGAUGACUCGCGCUACCUCCUGGCCGACCACGACUCGUCCGUCUUUCCCGGCAGACGCGAGUGCAGGGACUACGGUAACCUCAAUUUUGCAGGGGAGGCCAACGGCAAGCCCACCGAACACGUCCUGGACAGGAGCACCACCCCCCGCAUGCCCUGGCACGACAUCCACAUGAUGGUGGAUGGUCCGGCGGCCCGUGACGUCGCCUGGAAUUUCAUCGAGCGAUGGAACCACGCCUUGCGAAAUGGAAGCGGGGCGCAGCUGAAGAAGCCCCUCCACAUGCUCCCGCAUCACCGCGACGAGGGUGCGACCUCGCCCGCGGCCUCUCCGUCGCCGCCCGGCUCUGGCUCCGGCUCGCGGUUGACCAGCUUCGUCAACGCGCACAGCCCCUUCUCCUUCCACUCCACCUCCCCCGUUCCCUCGCUCCGCGCCUCCUCCUCCCCGCUCUCUUCGCUACGCUUCUCCGCUUCCUCGUCGUCGCCCCCGGCCGAGCGCGCCGCCGAGGUGCUUCCCGUACGCAAGCACGUGGAGGCGCUGAUGGCCGCCGGCCGGGAUGACACGGCUACGAAUUGCCGCUGCCAGGUCAUCAGGUCGGCCUAUCUCACGGCCAUCAAGCGGGCGAAGCACUUCAUCUACAUCGAAAACCAGUACUUCAUUUCGUCGAUCAACCGCAUCAGGCCGAAGAACCGCAUUGCCGACGCCCUUUACCAACGGCUUCGCAUCGCCAUGAAGAAUGACGAGGACUUCCGUGUGGUGGUCGUGCUCCCCGUCUUCCCGGCCGGCGAUCUGUUGUCGGCGACCACGCGCUACAUCAUCAAGUACGUGUACAAGGCUGUCAGUCGCCAGAAGAACUCCAUCAUCGAGAAGCUGGAAGAGGAGUUCCCCGACAAGAGGACCUCCGACUACAUCUCCUUCUACUCCCUGCGUACGUGGGGGCGGCUGCAGCCCGAGGGCGGUCCCGUGACCGAGCAGGUGUACAUUCACGCGAAGCUCAUGAUCGUGGAUGACCGCGUAGCCAUCAUCGGCUCCGCCAACAUCAACGACCGCAGCAUGCGCGGAACCCGGGACUCGGAGAUCGGCGUGUUGCUGGAGCCCGAAGAGGCCGACCUCAUCCCGUCGACCAUGGGCGGCAAGCCCGUCCUCGUCGGCAAGUUCGCCCACUCCCUACGCACCCGUCUCUGGGCCGAGUACCUCGGGGCCGUGGGUGAUUCGCCUGAAGCGGUGAAGGUGAGGGAGCAGCUGCGCGAUCCGGUGGUCCAUGAGACCUACACGUCGGUGUGGCGAGCUGCAGCCCUCUCCAACACCCGCAUCUUCACCAAGCUGUUCCCCGGACUGCCGGACACGGUCUACACGCUCGCCGAUCUGAAGAAGGCCCAGCAGCUGAUCGAGGCCAGCCGCACCGCCGCUCCCUCCCAGCGGCUCGAGCAGUGGCACCUCAAGAUGCUCGACGACCUGCAGGGCGUGCGUGGGUUCCUGGUGGAGUUCCCGCUGCUGUUCCUCAAGGACGAGCAGAUGUCGCCCGCCAUUUGGCACAAGGAGUACAUCCUGCCCCGCAACGUCUUCCUCUGA